AUGGCUCGGACGAAGCAAACGGCGCGUAAGAGCACCGGCGGGAAGGCGCCGCGAAAGCAGCUCGCCACCAAGGCGGCGCGUAAAUCUGCGCCCACCACCGGCGGCGUGAAGAAGCCGCACCGAUACCGCCCGGGUACGGUCGCACUGCGUGAAAUCAGAAAGUACCAAAAGUCCACGGAACUGUUGAUUCGCAAGCUUCCGUUCCAACGUCUCGUGCGAGAAAUCGCGCAGGACUUCAAGACGGACCUGCGGUUCCAAUCCACCGCGGUGCUCGCGCUGCAAGAGGCGUCCGAGGCGUACCUCGUCGGUUUGUUCGAAGACACCAACUUGUGCGCGAUCCACGCGAAGCGAGUGACCAUCAUGCCGAAGGACAUUCAGCUCGCUCGACGCAUCCGCGGCGAGCGUGCUUAA